AUGAUUAAGGGUAUUCUGAUCCAGCGCAAGAGCCAGGAGGAUGCCAGCUACGCGAAGCAGCUCAAGAUGGAGCACGCCGAUCUGGUGGCCGAGAUGCAGACGGUGGAGAGUCUGCCCACCCACGAGCGCCUGCAGCUGGCCAGACUACGGCGGGCCCAGCAGCUGAAGCUGUCGCGGCAGAAGGACAAGGAGUGGGCCAAGCUGCAGCGAGCCAAGGGCAAUACAGGAAGCGCUGCCGUGGCAGCGAGCGGCGCCAGCCACGGGCACACGGGUCUGAUGAACGGCAAUGGGGACACAACGCAUCAUUUUCGGCAUGCCAACGGGUCGGGGACGGUGAGCGGCAGGCGGCACAUAUCCUUCGAGAACAGCGUGGUGCUGCUGGAGGCGGCCUCGCGCAACGAUAUGCCAGAGGUGGCGGCCCUGCUGCAGCACGGCAUCACGCCGGAUGCGGCCAACGAGGACGGACUGACGGCCAUGCACCAGGCGUGCAUCGACAACAACGUGCAGAUGCUGCAGCUGCUGCUCGAGUACGGGGCGGAUGUGGAUGCCCAGGACAGUGAUAAAUGGACGCCGCUGCAUGCGGCUGCCACCUGCGGCCAUCUCGAGCUGGUGCGCAUCCUCAUCCGGCACGGUGCUAACCUGCUGGCCGUCAACACGGACGGCAACAUGCCCUACGACCUGUGCGACGACGAGAACUCGCUGGACUUUAUCGAGGGCGAGAUGGCCCAGCGCGGCGUCACCCAGGAGCUGAUCGACGAGACGCGCUCCUCCACGGAACGCAUCAUGCUGCGGGAUCUCAUGGAGCUGGCCCGCACUGGCGGGGAUCUCGAGGAGCCGGACUAUCAGUGUGCCACCCCACUGCACAUAGCCGCCGCCAAUGGCUAUGUGCGUGUGGUGGAGUUCCUGCUGGAGCAGCACGUCAAUGUGGAUGCCAUGGACAAGGAUCUGUGGACGCCAGUGCAUGCGGCCGCCUGCUGGGGUCAUCUUGAGGUCCUUGAGAUGCUCGCCCAAUGCGGUGCCGAUUUGAAUGUCCGCAACAAAGACGAUGAGACGCCCUCAGACAUCUGUGAGGAUCCCGAGAUCAGAGAGCGCAUUGAGCAGCUGAAAACGGAGCAGGAGAGCAAACGACUGGCCGAGGCGCAACGAAGGCGCGUUCGCCGCUCCCAGAGCAACAAUACCAGGGCGCAAUCCGUGCGCCGGACCAGUUUGCGGGACAAAACGCUGACAACCAAAAAGGAUGCCGUCGAGGAGACUCGCCUACGGCUGCAGGCCCAGGAGGCGACCGCCACAGAGGGGGCCCCUGCCUCCCUGGAUCCACUGGCCAAUGGCUAUGGCUAUGGCAGCAGCAGCGGCGGCGGCGGCAGCAGCCACCACAACGGUGAGAAGCGCCCCUCGACGGCCAGCCAGAAUGGCCAUGGCCAUGGGCACGGCACUGGCCAGCUACUGCCACACUCCAAGUCCGCCGAUGCGCUGGACAACGCCACUUCGAUCACUUCAUCCACAUCCACAACAACCGCAACACAUUCCUUCCAGUCGCGUCGUCCACCCGAUGGCCGCGAAAACGACGAGCUGCUCCGCCUGAAAGGAGCCCAGGACGGUGCCGUGGGCGAGAUGCAACGCGCCACCUCAGCGGCGGCCGUCAUCCUCACCGACAAGGGUACGGCGGCCAGUGCCGAGGCCGUGCAGUUUCAGUCGUCCAAAGAGGCUGCCAACGGCAAGAUCAAUGUCCAGGUCACCGUUCUAGUGGACACGAACAGCACGCAUCAUCAGCAGCAGCUCCAACAACACGCGAUGCUGCUGCAGCAACAUCAACAUCAACAGCAGCAGCAGCAUGCUGGCAGCAUGGAUGGCUUCAGUGCUGCGACCUUGUCGAACUUGAAGAAGCAGCGCUCCCUCUCACGCACCGCGAAUGUCCUUAACAAUUUCGAACUCUCAUCAAACUCCACUACGACUACGACAACAUCCACAGCAUCGAAUCCCAUUGUAGCGGCAGUAGCAACAGCAACAGCAACAACAUCUAAUGGUUCUGUUUUAGGAGCCAACAACAACAAUAACAACAGCACCAGCAACAACAACAACAACGCAACCGCACCGAUCUCCACCCAACCCCUGGGACUGGGCCCCAUGGGUGGUGGCGGUCCCGGCAGCCUGCUGGACUUUGAGGCCGCAUCGCCGGCAACGAGCAAUUCGGUGAACAAGUUUAGCGGCAUCACGGGCGACGUGGUCAGCGAUAGCACCAGUUCCAGCCGCAAGUGCUGCGUCCUCAUGUAGGAACAGCACUCGACUCGAUCACCACGGUCCACGGUCCACGCUCCACGGUCCACGCUCCAGCUGAAUAACAGGGUAUUAACCAAGAGAAGCAGGCAUUAUCGUGAAGAAUGCCAUUGCAAAGAUUUUUCAGAUAGAUAGAUUCGAUAUAGAGACCAUUUUUUACAUGGGAUUGUGUAAGCAAGCAAAAGAAAAGUGUCUUUUUUUUUUUUUUUAGAAAUUUAGUGAGAAAAUUCGUUGAGAAUUGUUAAUUGUAUAAACCAGAAAACUUGAUCCAACAAAGAGUUCAAUUCUGUGAGCUCCCCCAUUAACGGCUCAAAGUCGUUGCAUUUUCCUAUAACGAAUGCUACACUACACUACACAACACAACAAAUUAUAAGAUACAAAUUGACAUAUAUACACACACAGCUCUCUGUAUAUAUGAGCAUUGA